UAGUAUAAAUUGAUAUAGCACAUUUUUUAACAAAACAAAAUAGUUAGCUAUACAACGUUUAAAUUAGUUAUAUAACAUAUUCAUACUUUUACAGCGGAGUAAUAAAAUUAGAUAGGCCAUAGUAGUUUAGUGACCUAUGUAAUGUAUUGAAGAAUACUGAACACCUAUCAGUUUAUCAGUGUAUGAAACUGUAUAAAUAAUUAUAAGUUGACAUUAUCUCUACUUUAAAAGUGGAAAAUUAAUUAUAUUGCAUUAUGAGUACUUAUGAAUAAAGUCUCUCUCUCCUAGUUAAUUUUCCCUUCGUUAUAAGAGUCCCCACUUCUUUCCUUUAUAUACACAUCGCAUAACAUGUGAACUUCUCAACACAACACACCAAAUCUCUCUCUUCGUCCCUCUCUCUUUUUCUCUCUAGAUGAUGCCUCCUAAUGAGCAAGAAUCUAGCUUUCCGAAAACACCAGGCGCAAACCGACACGAAACUAGUCCGGUUCAAGAUAACCGGCUUAGCUCUCCAAGUCAUGUAAUCCCAUGCCUUGACGAUGACCACGACGGUCCGAGUCACCAAUCAAGACAGUCUUCUGUUCUACGUCAAUCUUUACGUCCUAUAAUCCUCAAGUUUGAGGAAUUGUCGUACAGUAUAAAAUCACAAACCGGGAAAGGAAGCUAUUGGUUCGGUUCACAAGAACCAAAACCGAACCGGUUAAUCCUUAACGGUGUAAGUGGUAUAGUCAAACCAGGGGAGUUACUAGCAAUGCUUGGUCCAUCAGGGAGUGGCAAAACAACGCUAGUAACGGCGUUGGCCGGACGUUUACAAGGGAAGCUAUCAGGAACCGUUAGCUAUAACGGAGAACCGUUUACAAGCUCCGUUAAACGGAAAACGGGGUUCGUUACACAAGACGAUGUUCUCUACCCACACUUAACGGUCAUGGAGACGCUAACGUACACGGCUUUGCUCCGUUUACCUAAAGAGCUGACCCGGAAAGAGAAGAUAGAGCAGGCGGAGACAGUGGUUUCGGAUCUUGGGUUGACCCGGUGUUGUAACAGUGUAAUAGGAGGCGGGUUGAUCCGAGGAAUUUCCGGUGGGGAAAGAAAACGGGUAAGUAUUGGACAAGAAAUGCUUGUGAACCCAAGUUUGUUGCUUCUUGAUGAGCCAACGUCGGGGCUUGAUUCAACCACGGCGGUGCGAAUAGUCGCCACCUUGAGAUCGCUGGCACGCGGCGGCCGGACAGUUGUUACGACGAUUCAUCAGCCGUCGAGUCGGCUUUAUCGGAUGUUUGAUAAAGUGUUGGUUUUAUCAGAAGGAUGUCCUAUUUAUAGUGGGAAUUCGGGUCGGGUCAUGGAGUAUCUUGGUUCAAUUGGGUAUCAACCCGGAUCCAGUUUCGUUAACCCGGCUGACUUUGUGCUAGAUCUUGCUAACGGAAUUACUUCGGAUACAAAACAAUAUGAUCAAGUCGAAAUAAAUGGAAGAUUAGAUCGGCUUGAAGAACAAAACUCCGUGAAACAAUCGUUAAUAUCGUCUUACAAAAAGAAUUUGUAUCCACCUUUGAAAGAAGAAGUGUCUAGAACAUUUCCACAAGAUCAAACGAUCACUAGAUCGAGAACAAAGUCAUUAUUAACCAAUCGAUGGCCAACGAGUUGGUGGAUGCAAUUCUCAGUUCUACUGAAACGAGGUUUAAAAGAGAGAAGUCACGAAUCAUUUUCAGGACUUAGAAUAUUUAUGGUCAUGUCAGUUUCUUUACUUUCUGGCCUCUUAUGGUGGCAUUCUCGCGUUGCUCACUUACAAGAUCAGGUGGGUUUAUUGUUCUUCUUCUCGAUAUUUUGGGGAUUCUUCCCUCUCUUCAACGCCAUUUUUACAUUCCCUCAAGAACGACCGAUGCUUAUAAAAGAGCGAUCCUCCGGAAUCUACAGACUCUCCUCUUACUACAUAGCAAGAACAGUCGGCGAUUUACCAAUGGAACUCAUUCUUCCAACGAUCUUUGUCACAAUCACAUAUUGGAUGGGAGGCCUUAAGCCAUCUUUAACCACAUUCAUCAUGACCCUUAUGAUCGUUCUCUACAAUGUUCUAGUGGCUCAAGGCGUAGGGUUAGCUCUAGGGGCAAUCUUGAUGGACGCAAAGAAAGCCGCGACAUUGUCUUCGGUGUUAAUGCUAGUGUUCUUACUAGCCGGAGGGUACUAUAUUCAACAUAUUCCGGGUUUUAUCGCGUGGUUGAAGUAUGUUUCGUUUAGCCACUAUUGCUAUAAGCUUCUUGUUGGGGUUCAAUACACAUGGGGUGAGGUUUAUGAAUGUGGAUCAGGGUUGCAUUGUAGUGUUAUGGAUUAUGAAGGGAUUAGGAAUUUGAGAAUCGGGAAUAUGAUGUGGGAUGUUUUGGCUCUUGCCAUUAUGUUGCUUCUUUAUAGGGUUCUAGCUUACUUAGCUCUAAGAAACUUGUGACACCUUUUAAUCUGUGUUUAUUUAACUAUGUAUAAGGCAAGUGUAAAAUAUAUAUAAGCUACGUUAUUGUCA